UGACAUUUUUUAAUGAUUACAGCUACUUUUAAUGAAAUUCACAUCACAGUACGGUGUGACAAGAUUUAAUCAGACAAAGUAUGGAGGGCAGAAAGUUUUGGCAUGCUGCUGAUUAUCUUAUCUUGGAUCAUUGCAACCCUGAUUGCAACAAAAACACUGUUUUAUUCUGUAUCCUGAAGCUUUAAUAUUUCAAAAAAUAUUAGAAGCUUAACUAACUCAGAAAACACCACUGGACCAGAGUAUGAAGCAGGAUCACCAAAUCACUGGAAUGUUCCGCACCGAACACAACAGCUAGUUACCUUUUUGAAUAACCACGUGUUUAUUGAGCGAGUUCCUGAAACUCGAUCAGAAAUAUGUGUGGUAUUAUCUGAAAAAACUGACAUCAACCUCUAAUUAAAAUAGUUUGAAGUCUUUAGACCCGCCAUAUUUCAUGCUACAACAGCAACAGCACUUUCCUAUUUGUUUCCUGCAGUUUUCACUGAAGGAGCUGGUGUGUUGCCUUAUGAUCAUCUGAAUGCAGCUGUAGGAGAAACAGUGAUGUUCACUACAACACUGACUCCAACAGAGAAACCGUUUCAAUCUGUGAACUGGAGUUUUAAUUUCUCUACAACUAUAAUAGUCGUGAUUAACUCAGAAGAAACUAUUGGACCUGAGUAUGAAGGCAGGAUCACCUUCUUCCCAUCUACUGCGUCUUUGGAGCUCAGGAGUCUGACUCUGGAUGACACUGGAGAAUACAGUGUUACCAUUGUACAAGAUGGAACAAUCCCAAGUGGCCGAACCACUCUGGUGAUAUACGAGAAAGUCUCCAGUGUGUCAGUAACUUCCAGCAGCACAGACUUGGUUGAGUUCAGUGGUUCUGUCUCUCUGUCCUGCUCUGCCUCUGGAUCCUCUCUCUCUUUCCUCUGGUUGAACGGCAGCUCUGAGGUUACAGCAAGUGACAGAGUUCAGCUCACUGAUGGAGGCUCCAGUCUGACUAUAAUCAAUGUGACCCGCUCUGACCAGGGACCAUUCAGGUGUCUUGUGUCCAACCCUGUCAGUAUUGGUACCAGUGAUCCAGUAAACCUCUCCAUCAGCUAUGGUCCAGAAAAUAUAAAUUUGAUCUUAUCUCCAUCACAAGGAUACUUUGCUGUAGGGUCAGACAUCAGCCUCACCUGCUCAGUUGGAUCCAGACCUUCUGCCCAGUUUAAGUGGUUUCUGAAUGGAGAUCAGCUGCGUGAUACUGGAUCAGAGGUCAGACUGAUGAAUGUUCAGAUGAGUCAGAGUGGAAACUACAGCUGUCAGGCCUUUAACAGCAAAACUCUGAGAUCUCAAACAUCUCAGCCUUCAGCCAUCACUGUGCUGGAGAAAAUAUCAGCUGCUUCUGUUAAACCAUCAACAAACCUGCCAGUUGAGGGAACCUCUGUCAGUUUAACCUGUGAGGCUUCUGGCUCAGUCUUUAGAAGAAACUGGAUGAAGGAUGGCUCCGAACUGACCCCGACUGACAACAUGAUCCUUUCUGACAAUAACAGAGUGUUGACCUUUAACACUGUGAAUAGGAAAGACAAUGGAGAAUAUUUCUGUCAAAUCAGCAACCCCAUCAGCAGUGAUGAAGCUAAAUACGUCAUGAUUGUUAACUAUGGACCAGAAAAUGUUCAAAUCAAAGGUCCAAAUAAGAUAAAUGUCAAAGGCACCUUAAAACUGACCUGCUCUGCUGAAUCCACACCGUCUGCCAGAUUCACCUGGUUCUUAAAUGGGACAGAAAUUCCUAAUAAUUCAGCUGAGUACAUUAAAGAAGAGGUUGAAUUUUCUGACAGUGGCAACUACACCUGUCAGGCAUGGAAUAAUAUAACUGAGAGAACAUCAUCAUCAGCGGUGCAUGGACUGAUUGUAACAGAUCGAUCAUCAGGAUGUGCUCCUGGUUGCAUCGCUGGAAUAGUAAUCGCUUGUUGUUUCAUCGUCACUGCAGCUGUUGGUGGAGGGUACUACAUUUAUAAGAAAAGAUUCAACAAAAAUCCUCAGAAACAAAAUGCAGAACAAGAAGAAAAUAUGUAUGAGAACAUUUCCAUAUAUGACAAGAAAAUAUAAAUACAAACUCAGUGAUGACCUUUACUUUUCAAGGCAAGUUUAACAUUUAUUAUCACUGUUAUUUAAGAAGGAACAGUUUUGAUAAUUAACAAGAAUAUUUUCCUUUUUCUGUAGAUUUUUUGAAGUCUUCACCUGCUGCAGGAGGAGUAACAUUGUAAUUUUUGUUGGUUUGUUAAACAAGAUAUGUUAAGAUGUUUUAACUAAUAGAUUAUUACUCUGCAUGUAAAAUAAAUCU